AUGAACUUUGACACUCAAUUUAUGAACGUGAGGCUAAAGAGCCGAAUGUUGGCACUUCAGUUGACACUUUUUUUAACCAUCACCUCCGUUGUCAGUAACGACGUCAAUGGCUCUAAUUUCCGUAAACUGUUGAUUGGCCUCCAGGCUCCGUGGAACAUAUCGUUUCCCUUCAGUGCCCUACGACUGGGCUCAGCCGUACAGAUAGCCAUGGAUAAAGUGAACAUGAACCCUUCCUUCCUGGGCAACUACAGUCUGGAUUUUGUCUACAGAGAUACUGACUGUAAUCCCAAAGCAUCACUGGGAGGUUUCAUUGAGCAGGUGUGGAAAGAAAACGUGUCUGCACUUUUGGGUCCAGCCUGUCCUGAAGAAGCUGAGGCUACUGGUCUCAUUGCAUCAGUGUGGAACAUCCCCAUGUUUGGUUUUGUAGGACAGUCCUCCAAAAUGGACAACAGUGACAUUUAUGAUUCCUACAUCAAGAUUGUGCCGCCUCUUAAAAGAAGCGCUGAGGUUCUGGCGAAGACGCUACAGUUUUUCGGCUGGACUCAUGUGGCUAUGAUCGGUGGAGGACUGGAUUCCGGUACUUGGGACAAAGUUGAUGCCCUGUGGAAAACGGUUGAAAAUCUACUGAGGGACAAAUUCAAAGUGAAUGCAGUGGUCAAGUUCGACACCAGCAAUCGUCGGCUCCUUUUUCAAAAUAUUAAGUAUAUCGCCACGGUUGCCAGAGUGGUUGUGGUGUUAACGAACAGGGAGGACUCAAUGGCUUUGUUACUGGAGGCUGAGCGACAGGGCCUGAUGAAUGGAGAGUAUGUCUUCUUCUUACUGCAGCAUUUUGAGGAUAACUUGUGGAAAUAUGCCUUGAACAGCCGAGAUAACCAAACUGCAAUAAGAGCCUUUGGCAUGGUCUUUAUCAUUGGACAGAAAACCUUUGAAAGCUAUGAGUAUUAUGACUUCUUGGAGCAAGUUUUUAAAAGAUUAAAAACUCACCCAUUUCAGAGUAACCUAACAUCUGAAGCAGAGGUCAGCCUCUACUCUGCCUACCUACAUGAUUCAGUUCUGCUUUACGCUAUGGGCCUGAAGGAACUCCUCAAACACGGCAAAGACCCUCAUGAUGGACAGCAGUUUUUACAGAUCAUUAAACAAAAGAGCAUUCGAUUUCAUGGUGCCUCUGGAUUAGUCCACUUUGAUGAAUAUGGGGAGAGAAAUUUGGAUUAUUCCAUUUAUGACUUGCAGCAGAAGGGAGAUACCACCAAGUUUGUGCCAAUCCUCCAUUACGACAGCCAUACCAAAGCCGUGAGGCCAACAUCUUUGUUUGCUUCAGUGGUCUGGCCCAAAGGAAAACCUCCAUCUGAUAAUCCAGAAUGUGGUUUUGACAAUGAACAAUGUGAAUGGCUAGUGAAUGACAUCGCCCUACUGGCCCUGCUGGUGAUCUUUCCAGUCAUAGGAGUGUUGCUACUCUUGUGGAUUGGGAUCCUGGUUGUGCAGAAACUACGGCUCCAAGUGAAAGUUGAAGACACAUGUUGGUGGCUGAUUGACUACAGGGACAUCACCAUCAUCCGGGAGACCACAGGAACGAUGGCACUGUCUGCGACCUCCAUAGGGAGUCACAGUGGGAGCACUGAUUCUCGAUCUAGUAACAGUUAUGGCCUGAAAGAUAAAGCAGGAAAAGAGCAUGCUUUCACCACCAUUGGCCUUUUCCAAGGAAAUCAAGUGGCAAUCCAGUACAUUAAGAACCACACUGGGAUUAACAUCCAGAAGCCUUCCAUUAUCUCUGAGUUCAAUGUGAUGAAAGAGAUGAAACACGAGAACUUGGUGCAGUUCUUUGGUGUCUGCGUUGAGCCACCAAAUGUCUGUUUGGUCAUGCAGUACUGUAAAAAAGGAAGCCUUAAGGAUAUUAUGAAGGCUUCAGAUGUUGAACUGGAUACGAUAUUUAAACUCUCCUUUGCUUAUGACAUUGUUAAUGGAAUGGAUUUCAUUCACAAGAGUUCCCUAAAAUUCCAUGGUAACCUGAAGCCCAGUACAUGUCUUGUGGAUAGCCGACUUCAGAUUAAACUCUCCAGUUUUGGACUUUGGGAAUUUAAACAUGGACUUAAAAAAAAGAUAAUCUCACAGGAGAAUCCCAGAUUUGAAGAAAUGUAUUGGACAGCGCCAGAGCUCCUGAGACAAGUCAGUCCUGUAGUUCAGGGCACACCCAAGGGUGAUGUCUACAGCUUUGCCAUCAUUGUAUGGGAACUUGUGUACAAUUCCAAAGCCAGCCCAUACCAUGACAUCAACCUGGAGCCAAAAGAGAUUAUUAUGCAGUUGCGGACUCCUUUCCGAAGAGAACCCCUCCGACCUGUGCUUUCUGACCAGCUGUGUGAAGAAAACAUCAAUGCACUGCUGAGGGUGUGUUGGAGCGAAAACCCUGACCAGAGACCCCCGUUCAGCUCUAUACGUAGACAGCUGAGGGAUAUCAGCCCAGAUAGUCAUGCAAAUAUAUUGGACAAUAUGGUGGAAAAGCUGGAGAAAUACACAAAUCACUUGGAAGAGGUGGUGGAACAAAGGACCAAUCAGCUCACAGCAGAGAAAGCGCGUGCGGACAAGCUCCUCGCCAGCAUGUUACCACGGUACAUUGCCGAUCAGUUGAUGUCAGGGAAGUUGGUGGAGCCACGUAGCUAUGAAAUGGUGACAAUCUGCUUUUCUGAUAUUGUGGGCUUUACCUCCAUGUGCUCUGUCAGUUCUGCAAUGGAGGUGGUGACCUUCCUCAAUGACCUCUACAGUCGCUUUGAUGACAUCAUCAAGUUGUACGAUGUCUACAAAGUGGAAACAAUUGGCGAUGCUUAUAUGGUAGCCAGCGGUCUGCCUCUGAGCAAUGGCAAUAAGCACGCUUUGGAGAUCGCAACAAUGGCUCUGCAUUUCCUCAGUGCAAUCAAGGUCUUCAAAAUUCAUCAUAUGCCUACUGAGAGUCUUGCUAUUCGCAUUGGGAUACAUUCAGGUGCAGUGGUGGCUGGAGUGGUCGGCACCACAAUGCCACGCUACUGUCUUUUUGGCGACACAGUGAACACUGCGUCACGGAUGGAAAGCAGCAGCUUACCCCUGAAGAUUCACAUCUCCCAGUGCACAGCUGACAUUCUCAUCCAGGCUGGGUCCUUUGUCCUGGAGGAAAGAGGGGAAAUUGAAAUUAAGGGUAAAGGCUGCCACAAGACCUACUGGCUCCUGAGUAAAAAUGGUUUUAAUCCCAGUCUUGUUGCUCACAACCCUCAAAACGCUGACAAACUACAAACAGAGUUCCAAGCUAUCUCCAAGUUUGGACAUGCUUUGCUGAUGCUCAGGAGAGGCCUUCAGCAAGUCAAAGCCCUUUUUCUUUCCUAUCCCGGAGAGUGCACUGCUGCUGUCACAUCCAGUUAA